CACACGAGGCAGUUGUCCUCAGAGGAGGAGAAGCAGAAGGAGGUGGAUAGAUCUCUCCCUCUGUGACACACCGUGGAUAUUUACAUCUUUGUUUUUCCUUCUCCGUUAUGUUUUCAUUGUUCCUUCUCUAGCGGAGGGGAGUACUGCGUCGGGGGGUAGCAACGCCGCUAGAAGAAGAUGGAGGGUCUUCAGCCCACCUCUUGCUCUCUGAGUGCUGCCUCUCUAGACUGGGGACCAGAAGCCUGGUGCGCUACAGCCACUGCCCACCAGUAGCAGCCAGAGACCCCCUCAAUGAUCCUGCGCUGAACCAGACAGCAACCGCACAACCAACGGAGAGAAAAGCUGGUUUGGAAGAGAGAAAAAAACCCACACAGGACCUGCUUGCUCUCACUGGUGGCUGGGCUGCCACCGAUACACAGCAUGUAAAGAGAUCCACAUCGGUCCUUGUCUCUGUGUCCCUUCUCCAGACCCCUGGGAGACCCCCUCAGACCACACCAUCAUGAACCCCAUGGCGCAGCUGUACUACAAGAAGGCGAGCUACUCUCCCUACCGCGACCGCAUCCCGCUGCAGAUCGUGCGGGCGGAGGCCGAGCUGUCGCCGGCGGAGCGGGCGUACCUGACGGCAGUGGAGAAGGGCGACUACGCCGGCGUGAAGCACGCUCUGGAGGAGGCCGAGAUCUACUACAACAUCAACGUGAACUGCCUGGACCCGCUGGGCCGCAGCGCGCUGCUCAUUGCCAUCGAGAACGAGAACCUGGAGGUGAUGGAGCUGCUGCUGUGCCACGGCGUGCUCGUGGGCGACGCGCUCCUCUAUGCCAUACGCAAGGAGGUGGUGGGCGCCGUCGAGCUGCUGCUCUCUUACCGGCGCCCCAGCGGAGAGAAACAGGUGCCCUCCAUGAUGAUGGACUCGCAGUUCUCCGAGUUCACGCCAGACAUCACGCCCAUCAUGCUGGCGGCGCACACCAACAACUACGAGAUCAUCAAGUUGCUGGUGCAGCGCAAGGUGACGGUGCCGCGGCCGCACCAGAUCCGCUGCGACUGCGUGGAGUGCGUGUCCAGCUCGGAGGUGGACAGCCUGCGCCACUCGCGCUCCCGCCUCAACAUCUACAAGACGCUGGCCUCGCCGUCGCUCAUCGCGCUCUCCAGCGAGGACCCCAUCCUCACCGCCUUCCGCCUGGGCUGGGAGCUCAAGGAGCUGAGCAAGGUGGAGAAUGAGUUCCGGCAAGAGUACGAGGAGCUGUCGCACCAGUGCAAGCUCUUCGCCAAGGACCUGCUGGACCAGGCGCGCAGCUCGCGCGAGCUGGAGAUCAUCCUCAACCACCGCGACGACCACAGCGAGGAGCUGGACCCGCGCGAGUGCCGCGACUUGGCCAAGCUCAAGCUGGCCAUCAAGUACCACCAGAAGGAGUUCGUGGCUCAGCCCAACUGCCAGCAGCUGCUGGCCACCCUGUGGUACGACGGCUUCCCGGGCUGGCGCCGCCGCCACUGGGUGGUCAAACUGGUCACCUGCUUCGUCAUCGGGCUCCUCUUCCCCGUCUUCUCCCUGGUGUACUUGCUGGCGCCAAAGAGCCCGCUGGGCCUCUUCAUCAAGAAACCCUUCAUCAAGUUUAUCUGCCACACCGCCUCCUACCUCACCUUCCUCUUCCUCCUGCUGCUCGCCUCCCAGCACAUCGUCCGCACCGAUCUGCACGUGCAGGGCCCUCCUCCCACCAUCGUGGAGUGGAUGAUCCUGCCCUGGGUGCUGGGCUUCAUCUGGGCAGAAAUUAAAGAGAUGUGGGAUGGUGGCUUCACCGAGUACGUCCACGAUUGGUGGAACCUCAUGGAUUUUGCCAUGAAUUCACUCUACCUGGCCACUAUAUCUCUCAAAAUGGUCGCUUACUUCAAGUACAACAGCUCUCGUCCGCGUGAGGAGUGGGAGAUGUGGCACCCCACGCUCAUCGCUGAAGCCCUGUUCGCUAUCGCCAACAUCUUCAGCUCGCUGCGCCUCAUCUCCCUCUUCACGGCCAACUCGCACCUGGGCCCGCUGCAGAUCUCGCUGGGACGCAUGCUGCUAGACAUCCUCAAGUUCCUCUUCAUCUACUGCCUGGUGCUGCUGGCCUUCGCCAACGGCCUCAACCAGCUCUACUUCUACUACGAGACGCAGGCGGCCGACGAGCCCAACAACUGCAAGGGCAUCCGCUGCGUGAAGCAGAACAACGCCUUCUCGACGUUGUUUGAAACACUGCAGUCACUUUUUUGGUCAGUGUUUGGGCUCCUCAACCUGUACGUCACCAACGUUAAGGCACGGCACGAGUUCACCGAAUUUGUGGGUGCUACCAUGUUUGGCACUUACAAUGUCAUCUCCCUGGUGGUGUUACUUAACAUGCUCAUUGCCAUGAUGAACAAUUCCUACCAGCUCAUAGCGGACCACGCUGACAUUGAGUGGAAGUUUGCUCGGACGAAGCUGUGGAUGAGCUACUUCGACGAGGGCGCCACGCUGCCUCCCCCCUUCAACAUCAUCGCCAGCCCUAAAUCGGUGUGGUACCUCUGUGUGUGGGUGCACAGCAAGCUGUGUGCGAAGGGACAGCCCAGCCCAGAGGACCAUAAGAAGCAUGAAAACUUCAAGGAAUUCACGGAGCGUCAUGCUGACAACCUUAUUCAGAACCAGCACUACCAGGAGGUAAUUAGGAGCCUGGUGAAGAGGUAUGUUGCAGCAAUGAUCCGCAGUGCAAAGACGGAUGAAGGCCUGACAGAGGAAAACUUCAAAGAGUUGAAGCAGGACAUCUCCAGCUUCCGCUAUGAGGUUCUGGAUCUGCUGGGCAACCGCAAGCCGCCCCGCCGCACCUACUCCUCCAGUAGUGAGGCCACGCAGCAGGAUGACGACCUGGCCGAAGACCUCAAAACCAAAAACCCCAAGGGGGUCUCCUUCAGCCUCUCCUCUGACAAGAGGUCCCGGGACUCGGAGUUCGGCGUGUCGGCACUAUUCCGCUCCAUGUCAGGUUCGAGAGACGGUGAUGUGGCGGCGAACGACAAAAAACCAAAGAGCAACGGGCUGCGCAAGUUCACGUCCUCGUCCUCAUUCAUACGCAAUGGCGGGCGCCUACAGCGCUUCUCCCGCUCCAAGAAGGACUCGCUGCGGCGGCUGGGCCUGCUGUUUUCCCGCAUGAACGGCCACCUGCCUGAGCCUGCCAGCUCCUCGCGGUCCGCCUACAGCAUCUCGGAUGGGGUGGACCUCCGCAUGCCCUCGGACCCGCAAGUCACGCGCAGCGAGAUGCACCUCCACCAACUGGGGGGGCUGCGUCUGGACGAGAUGGGGGCGCACGCUGACGCGCAUCACGUGUCUCUGCAGCAGCAGCGGCAGCAGAGGCAGUCCAAUGGGCGGGACGGCGCGCUGCUACUGCCCGUCGCGGGGCAGCCCUUGGCCCUGGGCCCUCUGCAUUGUGCUUCCAGCAUCACGGCAUCCAGCUCGCGCCUGCUCAGCUCCAGCGAGGACAUGUACGAGGGCUGGGUGGGGCCCUGCGACAGCCUGGGGUCCAUUAGCUGGACAGGGGAUCAGGAGGAGUCUGUAACCACCCAGCUCUGAGGCCUCGCUCUGGCAGAUCUUUUUUUUACAACAUAAAGCAUGGGCAUGCACUCCUAAGUCCAGGACUGGAAAACAUAGAAACACUUGGCUUGACUGGCUGCAGAGGCACUAAAGGGACAUUAUUAUACUCUUAUAACAGGUGUUCUGUAGCCCCUAAAAAAGACUUUACUUGUUGAGAAUGGGAAAACUGAGAGAAAUACAUUUACUCUAUCUGCAAGAUAUUACUGGCAAAUAAUUAGACUUUAACAUACUGUAUUUAUUGGAAAAAGCAAGCUUAGUUUAUGGCAAUAUUGGUGCAUAUUUCUGCCCUCAUUGUAUUUUUGAUUUUGUCAUUUCAGUGCAAAUUCCUUCAUGGCAGGCUUAAACUGAUUGAGAUGUUGGUAGAAUAUGAUGGAUGAGCGACAGAGAAUGAAUCCAGAAAGUCUGGAAGCUAAUUCUUCUGACUGACUGUGCCAAAACUCCACAUUUAAUGUCAAACCCAGCAUGGCGCAAUUCAUACAGCUAUCACGUCCAUUGAUAUGUGCAACGUCUGCUUUUUCUUUAAUUUUGACUGACAAGAUUGUUGGAUGACUUUGAGAAAAUGUGACUAGGUGACGAUUGGAGUACAGUUUAGUUAUGAUAUUCAGUAUUGGAUUCUGUAGGUAAAAAUUGCCAGUGAGGCUGUAUUAAGAGAGGUGCCUCAGGGAAGCCUAGACUGAGACGUUUUUAAUUGUACUGUCAUCAGGUAAUGCAGGUAAUUAGAAUAAGAUCCUCAUAACUAUUCAUUAUCUCUCUUUGUCUUGCAUUGUGUUUAAAAAGACCUGAAUGAAAAUGAAAUUUCUACCCUUAAAAAAUACAUCUAAAGUCUUCCCCAUAUAAAAAUCAUUGAGUUAACAUGUUUACCAUUUCAAAUAAUUGGUCUUUACUCAUUUAUUUUGGAAAGCGAAGAAAUUACCAUUAUGUUUUGUAAUACAAUUUUUAUUUUUCUAUAUUUUUUCCUGGGAUGACAAACAUGAUUUUUGUUAUACACCAAGAAGCAUGGUAUUCCUCAGUAUAUGAAUGAGUUUGGAAUUUUAUACCUUGAUUUGACUUAAGACUGAAAUUCAAAUUUUUAUGGCAUCCCUUUCGUUUCAGAUCAAUGUGACAUUUGUCUCUUGAAUUAAAUAAUAAAUCAGUAUCAUAUUGUAAAGACUGUGAGGUUGUCUAUUUGACCAGGAAUACUUUGCUGCAGUUCCCCGAGACUAGAAAUUAAGCUGUUCAUGCCUUUAGCUCAAGGUAUACAUAUUUAAAAUCGCCCAUUACUACUGAUAAUAUGAAAUAAAAGUUAUGUCUUCAAUUAUGUAUCUCUCCAGAAAGAG